GUGAUUACGUGUUCAGAAGAGUGGCAUAUUGUCGACAUGAAAUAUCAUUUGAUGCUGAGCGAGCAACGGCUGCAUAUGGAAUAAAGUGUGCGUCGUGUAAACACGUACUCGUGUCACAUUUGUGAUGUUGCCAUUUUAAUCGUGGUAGCCUAGUAACUAACUUAAGUGUGCCAGCUUUUUCCUGUCCUGUUGCCAAGCCGUGGAGGACUCUCCUCCGAGGACUAGCAUGCUAAUGCUAAGAGAUAGCCACCGUAGCCCACCAUUGGCUGUCCGACUGCCCGAGCUGGCAGGCAGUGGCGUCAGGGAAGGACUGGACUAGCGGAUCUUACCGUGGAAAUACCCAAGCGAAAAAGGGAUACAAUACAGGAAAUUCGACGAAUAGGAUUUCUAAUCUUCUCAUGGAUUUCCCAACUCGACUAAGACCGAACUAACGCUCAAGGGUGCCUGGGAGCGAAGAGUCGAGCGGCGAUGUGGUGACGCUUACUCCUCCGAAUCGACGGGAAGCUAAUGUUAGCUGACGCGCUACGGUUCCUUGAUAGCUUCAUGGUCGUACUUUGUAUUCUUUUCAAAACUUAUCGUCACUUUAGAAAAUGUCGGCCGAAUGGACUUGAGACAUUUUGACAUUUUAUGAACUUUUAUACAAACUUAAAGCAACUCGGCGUCAUUAUCUUCGCUAAGUUGAAGUGCUUCAGAACUAGCAAGGCUUAGCAUUCUAGCAGGCUAGUAGCUAACGCCGGCUAACUGUUGACUCCAAACGGAUUUAAAGCCAAAGAAUUUUGCUUUAAAUUAGCCCAAGGCUAACACCAGUACAGCUGUUUCUACGUCACCUUACUUUCUAUGUCUUGAUUGGCGACUUCUAGCCAUCGCGGAUAUAUAUGUAUAUACUUACUUUUUUUAAAGUAGUGGUUUGUCUGAAAAGUGAAGAAAACACUCUGAAGUGUAGAUAUGCAAUCAUCGAAUCACCAGCAUACUUGCCCGAUGCUAGCUAGCUAUCAUUGAUUUAGCCGGUCGAAGUUGGAAUCCUGGAAGCUCUGCUAAAUUGCUUUGCUUUGAGGCCUUGUCUCCAGUGCAACACAUAUCCAAAGCCUUAAUUAAUAUAUCACACUGGCCGAGUGAAGUUUAGAUGCUAAAGUAUAUGCGAGCAUCCUAAUUGGAGAACCCGGACUUCGACCAGCCCGUGGAACGGAUCAUAGAUUUGUCAAGAUGAUGUGCGAAGUGAUGCCCACGAUCAGCGAGACAGAGGGGCCGAGUGGGGGAGGUGGCACCGGCCGUCAAGCCUCCGGCUCCCCGCUGCAGUCAGAUUCUGAAGGUCAUUUUGAGUCUCUGAUGGUUUCCAUGUUGGAGGAGAGGGAUCGUCUUCUUGAGACUCUGAGAGAAACUCAAGAAAAUCUGGGCUUGGCCCAGGGUAAACUACAUGAAGUCAGCCAUGAAAGGGACUCCCUGCAGAGACAACUCAACUCCGCUUUACCACAAGAAUUUGCAGCACUAACCAAGGAGGUGAACAUCUGCCGCGAACAACUUCUGGAAAAGGAGGAGGAGAUUGCAGAACUGAAAGCGGAGAGAAACAACACACGACUCCUCUUGGAGCACCUGGAGUGCCUGGUUUCUCGUCACGAGCGAAGUCUGAGGAUGACUGUAGUGAAACGACAAGCUCAGUCUCCAGCAGGGGUCUCGAGCGAAGUGGAAGUCCUCAAAGCCCUUAAGUCACUUUUUGAACACCACAAAGCCCUUGAUGAGAAGGUAAGGGAGAGACUGCGUGUUGCUUUGGAGAGAUGCAGCGCUUUGGAGGAGCAGCUCACCAUAUCACACAAAGAAUUGGCUUACCUCAGGGAGCAGAGCUUCCAGAAGAGGGGACUGGCAGAUGGAACCAGUGAGGUCAACCACAACUCCGAAAAUACACCAAGCACUAAUGGGAAGCGAUCGUCAGAUGGCUCGCUUAGUCAAGAGGAUGAGUCGGGUCCCGGGUUCGGCAAGGUCGGGGAGCUCCAGGAGGUGGUGGACCGUCAGACAGCUGAUCUGGGUCAGAUGAAAGAACGCAUGGCUUCAAUGGCGUCUCGAAUCAAUGAGCUGGAGGAAGAUCUGGACACUGCCAGGAAAGACCUCAUCAAGUCUGAAGACACGAAUACACGACUACAACGAGACCUCAGAGAAUCUAUGGCUCAGAAGGAGGAUAUGGAAGAGAGGAUCACCACUCUGGAGAAGCGCUACCUGGCAGCUCAACGGGAGGCUACCUCGGUCCACGACCUGAACGACAAGCUGGAGAAUGAAGUGGCUAACAAAGAGUCCCUCUUUAGACAAACUGAAGACAGAAACCGGCAGCUCCAGGAGAAACUGGAGUUGGCUGAGCAGAAGCUGCAGCAGACUAUCCGCAAAGCAGAAACUCUACCCGAGGUGGAGGCUGAGCUAGCACAGAGGGUAGCCGCCCUCACAAAGUGUGUUCCGUGUGGCUCUAAAGGCACUAAGACUCAAAAGGCAGAGGAACGCCAUGGCAAUGUGGAGGAAAGACUGAGGCAGUUAGAGGCCCAGUUGGAGGAGAAAAACCAGGAACUUCUCAGGGCACGGCAGAGAGAGAAGAUGAACGAGGAGCACAACAAGCGUCUCUCUGAGACUGUAGACAAGCUUCUGUCCGAGUCCAACGAAAGACUCCAGCUUCACCUGAAAGAGAGGAUGUCUGCCCUGGAGGAUAAGAACGGCCUCAUCCGGGAACUGGAGCACACCAAGAAGCUGAUUGAGGAGUCCCACCACGAAAAGGAGCAACUCCUGAUCCAGAUCGAAACGAUGAGGGCAGAGAACGAGCAAGGAAGGAGCAGGAGCAACUCUUUAUUACACGGGCGAUCUCAGCUGGGAAGCACCCCAGACUUCAGGUAUCCAGUAUCCGCUUCCUCUAUGAUGGACAGCAACUCGGACCACUAUGGUAGCGCUCUUGUACUGAGGCGGCCCCAAAAAGGACGAGUGGCAGCACUUCGGGACGAGCCAUCCAAGGUGCAGACUCUUAAUGAGCAGGAGUGGGAGCGAGUGCAGCAGGCCAACGUGCUUGCUAAUGUGGCCCAGGCCUUUGAGAGCGACAUGGACGCCUCGGAUCUCGAAGAGGAUCGUGAGACCAUCUUCAGCUCGGUUGACCUUCUGUCCCCUGGUGGUCAGGCCGAUGCACAGACUCUGGCCUUAAUGCUUCAGGAGCAGCUUGACGCCAUCAACAAUGAAAUUAGAAUGAUUCAAGAAGAGAAGGAAAACACAGCCAUCCGUGCUGAGGAAAUCGAGUGCAGGGUGGGCAGCAACGAUAGCCUUGGAGGACGUUUCCGCUCCAUGAGCUCCAUACCACCUUCACUCUGUGCAGGCUCUUCAGUUGGCAGCUCUCCUCCAGGCUCCGGCCACUCAACCCCGAGACGGAUUCCUCGCAGCCCCAACAGGGAAUUAGACCGCAUGGGUGUCAUGACCCUGCCUAGUGACCUGCGCAAGCACCGCAGGAAGUCUGCUCAGGAUGACAAAGCCACCAUCCAAUGUGAGACCUCACCCCCGACCACUCCACGUUCCAUGCGCCUCAACAGGGAAGCAGGCCAUGCUGCCAGCCAUGAGGACAUACGAGACAUCCGAGGACUGAUUGGGUUGCAAGAUGGCCAGGGUAGUAACCCCAGCAGCAGUAACAGCAGCCAGGACUCUCUCAACAAAGCAGCCAAGAAGAAGAGCAUUAAGUCUUCCAUUGGUCGCCUGUUUGGGAAGAAGGAGAAGGGCCGGCCUAGCAUUCCUGGAAAGGACUCUCCUAGUCAAGCUGGCACUCCCGAGGCAGAGAGCUCACCAAAAGACGGCUUAGGCAUGGGUACCCUGGGAGGUCCUGCGGAAAAGAACCGGAAACUGCAGAAGAAGCAUGAACUGUUAGAUGAGGCGCGCAGGCAGGGCCUGCCAUUUGCCCAGUGGGAUGGACCAACUGUUGUCGUUUGGCUGGAGCUGUGGGUGGGCAUGCCAGCUUGGUACGUCGCCGCCUGCCGUGCAAAUGUGAAGAGCGGAGCCAUUAUGUCGGCGCUCUCCGACACCGAAAUCCAGCGAGAGAUUGGCAUCAGCAACCCGUUACAUCGUCUGAAGCUUCGUCUGGCCAUCCAGGAAAUUAUGUCCCUCACCAGUCCCUCCGCCCCGCCCACAUCCAGAACGACCACAGGAAACGUUUGGGUCACACAUGAAGAAAUGGAAAGUUUGGCAGCAACGCCUCCCACGGAGGAUGACGAAACUAGCUGGGCUCAGACAUUGGCGUAUGGAGACAUGAAUCAUGAAUGGAUCGGUAACGAAUGGCUACCCAGCCUGGGUUUACCGCAGUAUCGCUCAUAUUUCAUGGAGUCCCUGGUGGACGCCCGCAUGCUCGAUCACCUUACUAAAAAGGACCUCCGGGGACAGCUGAAAAUGGUAGACAGCUUCCACAGGAACAGUUUUCAGUGUGGAGUGAUGUGUUUAAGGAGACUCAACUAUGACCGUAAGGAGCUGGAGAGGAGGAGGGAGGAGUCUCAGCUGGAGUUUAAUGAUGUGCUGGUGUGGAGUAACGAACGUGUGAUCAACUGGGUUCAGGCCAUUGGCUUGAAGGAGUACAGCGCCAACCUGUAUGAAAGUGGCGUCCACGGCGCACUGCUCUCCCUGGAUGAAACCUUCGAUCACAACUCCCUGGCGCUGCUGCUGCAGAUUCCUACACAGAACACUCAGGCCAGAGCAACUCUGGAGCGGGAAUACAACAGUCUGCUGGCCAUCGGCACAGACAGGAGAAUGGAAGAGGAUGAUGACAAAAACUUCCGGCGUGCUCCAUCAUGGAGAAAAAAAUUCCGGCCCAAAGACAUGAGGGGCGUGUCCUUGGGUACGUCCGAUACCCUGCCCGCCAACUUCAGGGUGACCAGCAGCAACGCUUCAUCUCCCUCCACUCAGCCAAAGAGGAGCCCCAUGGAUGGAACUCAGUCUAUACAGAGACUGGACACUGCUACAGUCAGGACCUACUCUUGCUAACAUAAACCUCACCCAACGUUUAUCCUCAUUAUUUCUAUAGGUAACCGCUGGUCUGAGGAUGAAGGGGAGUUCCCCAUCUACAAGACCAGGAUGCUGAACUAAACUCAAUUUUAAGGACACUAAAAGUUUUUUUUGUUGUUGUUAUUAUUAUCACAAAGAGAAAGAGCUUACUCACCAAUCUCAGUAUCCCCAGAGGAAACUGUACAUUUUUCCAUUUUUCUUCUAUGUAGUGUACGUAUACCGGUGGGACUUUGAAUUGAUUUUACCGUGUAAUCUUUAUGCCUCUAUCCCUUUAAUCAAGCCACUUUUUAAAAUGACAUCUCGCCGCCCGCUCCCCAUCACAUGGAACUGAAUGUUUCUGGAGUUUGUACUAUAUUUCUACCAACAGACAUUUUCUAAUCUUUUUUUUUUUUUUUUAUAAUAAUAAUAAUCUCGACUGACCAGAUGUAUGUUUUUCCCUUUUGUUGAUUUGAAAUAUAAUCAAUGCUUAAGUGACUUGUGAUAUAAUUUAAUUCUAUACAUGGUUACCGGGUUUUGAACUUGUAUUUUUCUAUCUUUCUGGUGAUUUGGAUGUAAAUACAGCUCUUAAUGUAGGUCCGUGGAUGUGUGAAUAUCAGAUCCGUUGCUGGAGACUAAAAACUGCUCAACACUGUGACUGCACCAUCACCAUUCAAAGAACUGAUGUUGACAACAGAUACAGUAUGUUUUCCAGAAAUAUCUAUAUAUAUAUAUAUAUACUGUAUACUGUACGCGGGUGUAUGUGUGAUACCAAAUGGAAAGUUUAGAAAUUGAAGAAGUAAAGCCAUAUACUCGUAGCUGGUUUCAAACGCAAACUUCCAGGUUAUCCCCCUGUUGACCUUGCAUGUGAGAACCCACCCCACCCCACCCCACCCCAGCCCUUAAUGUGCCCCUCCAAGUACAAACCAAGCCCCGGGAGGAAGAGGUCGAGUGCACACCACACUUUGCUUUGAUGGACCAACCUCACUUAAGCCUCAGCUGCAACUAGACAGUCCACCCAAAAACCCUUCUUUUCUAAAUACUUCAUAACAAGCCUUAUUGUUUAACUCUUCAUAUUUAUGUCACGUUCAUGUCGUGUGUCUCCCGUGUUUUUGCUCUCACAACACAGGUUCCGCAAUAAGCUCCUUUGGAACGGAACUCAAGCGUUUUCUUUCACUCAUAUUGUCGUGGAGUCUGAAGUAGAAAUGAUGUCAUCGUGUAUGUCAUUAUGCACAGUUGCUUUUAUUAUUAUUAUUAUUAUUAUUAUUAUUAUUAUUAUUAUUCCUGCUCUUUGUCUGAUCUUGUAACAAUGAUGUACAGUCUGAGUACUUAUAAACUAUUUUUAUCACAGUAUUAUUUAUUGCUUGUUUCAAUAAAAUACUGCAGCUUCAUUUCUUUUGCAGAUGAAGACUAAAGCUUUGUGUAUUCACAACGUGUAUACUUUGGUCUUUGGACUUUGGCCCACCAAAGGAUACAUACACAAGAACUAAAAACGCUAAAACCCCAGUGAACAGAAACUAGUUCUAUAUGCUCACUUCUCCUUCCUCUUUUAUAAAAUCAUAAAUAUUAAUUCACCAUAUCCAUGAACUUCUCAGCUAGACCUAUUUGACUCUUUUGUUUAAGUCCUGCUGGUGUUGCGUUCACUUCCUGUCCUAGUUAUACUGUCUUUUUAUUUGAUUUUUUUUUUUUUACAUCAAAUUGAGCAUCAUUAGGGAACUCUGCUGCAAGUCUGGUGGUCAGUGGUGG